AUGGAGCAUUUAGGAUCCGAGCAGAGGAUAAAAGAAAUAUUCAAGAAACAUACUUCAAAAGAAUUGACACCUGGGUUGCUAUUAACGCUGCAGAAGCUCGCGCAAAGGCCAAAUGCUAGUUUAGAACAAUUCAUUGCCGGAUGUAAAGCUUUAACGAAGUUCAACAGUAAUAGUACAACAGUUUUUGAUGAACUCCGAGAGUUACUGAAAGAUAAUUCCGAGAAGAUCUUGGCAGAUCAAAUGAAGGCGGCUCCUUCCCUCAACAAGAGAAAGAAAUUCAAAAUCCAUUUAGACCUUGAUGAUUAUGAAGAUGAGAUAGAUUCCCCUGUUCUUAACAAACCCGCAUCUUCUAGCACAUUAUUCAAAAGAAUAGAUAAAAUGAAGGCCAAACAGCUGAAGCAAUAUCCUUCUACUUUCAAAGAUUUCUCUUCAAACAAUAAACUGCAGAUAAAAAAUGGUCAAACUGAAGCAGGGGAACACAAACCGUCUCAAAAUAAACUGGCAGAAGAGGACAGGGAAUGGUACGACAAUUAUAACAAUCACGGAAACUCGAUGCCAGAAUCCCUGCCACUAUCAUGUGAAGAUAAAAAAAAAUCAUACAUAAUCAAGAAUAAUGAUAAUGAUGACGCUUUACGAAAUAACAUUCAAUUAUACCCGGUUCCAUUGAAGCAAAGAAUGGAGUGGAUCCCUCCUUUUUUAUCAAAGUUUGCUCUUGAAAACAAAGUGCCUAGUUCCAUCAUUGUUGGGUCCAUCUCUGACGUCUCCAACCAAGCAGCCUCUUUAGCCAUGGUAAACCCAUUCAGAAAUCCUGAUAGCGAAUUUUCUGUGAAUGCCAAACAGGGUAGUAAGUUGGUUGCUUUGAGAAGGAUAAACAUGGAGCACAUCCAACAAUCUCGAGAUAAUACUAAUGUGUCGAACACUGCAAUGGGGGAAGUUCUAGGUUUAGAAAAUAACCAUAGCAUCAAAGGUAAGAACCAUCAAAUACUCAGCAAUGAUGCAGGAAUGUACGCACCGUCAAAAGAGGAGAUUAAAUGUACUAAAGAGAGCCUCCCUGUGUUCCGCUGCAGAUCUCAACUGCUAUCACUUAUAAGAGAGAAUCAAGUAGUGGUAAUAAUUGGUGAAACAGGCUCAGGUAAAACCACUCAACUUGCUCAAUAUUUAUACGAAGAAGGAUACACAAAUAGCGAAGGGAAGUCCAUUGUCGUCACGCAACCGAGAAGAGUGGCAGCCAUGUCCGUUGCUAAAAGAGUUGCAUUGGAGAUGGAUGUUAAACUGGGCAGAGAAGUAGGCUAUUCUAUUAGAUUUGAGGAUAUGACAGAUUCUGAAUAUACAAAACUUAAGUUUGUCACAGAUGGUAUUUUGCUCAGAGAAACUUUACUGGAUGAUACCCUCGAUAAAUAUAGUUGUGUUAUUAUUGAUGAAGCUCAUGAAAGAUCAUUAAAUACAGACAUCCUACUGGGCUUUUUCAAAAUUCUACUGGCACGUAGGAGAGACUUAAAGCUCAUAAUCACUUCAGCAACAAUGAACGCCAAAAAGUUCUCAGCUUUUUUUGGCAAUGCUCCGCAGUUCACGAUUCCUGGAAGGACCUUUCCCGUACAAACUAUUUAUACUGCUAAUCCUGUGCAAGACUACGUGGAAGCCGCAGUUUCCCAGGCUAUCAAGAUUCACUUGGCCAAUGAUUGUUCGAGUGGUGAUAUUCUUAUCUUUAUGACAGGUCAAGAAGAUAUCGAAACAACAUCUGACAUUUUGCAAGAAAAACUUCUGCAAGUGUAUUCCAAGAAAUUUGGUACAGAAAAAUUUGAAGAUAUUAGUGAUGUCGAGAUUCUGCCAAUUUACUCUGCAUUACCUGCAGAUUUGCAAUUUAAAAUCUUCCGGGACCUGUGUGGCACUAAAAGGAAAAUAAUCAUUGCAACCAAUAUUGCUGAAACUUCGUUGACUAUCAAAGGUAUCAGGUAUGUGAUCGAUUGCGGUUAUUCUAAAUUAAAAGUUUACAACCCAAAAAUUGGUCUCGAUAGUUUGACAAUUACACCCAUAUCAAAAGCUAAUGCUGAUCAAAGAUCCGGAAGAGCGGGUAGAACUGGACCAGGCACUGCAUAUAGGUUAUACACGGAAGAUACUUUUAAAGAGGAUAUGUAUUUACAAACUAUUCCUGAGAUUCAAAGGACAAAUUUGUCAAACACCCUCCUAUUGUUGAAAUCUCUGAAUGUCACUGAUGAAUUGAUUAAGUUUCCAUUCAUUGACAAACCACCCCUACAAACAUUCCUAUCUUCAUUGUAUGAGUUGUGGUUCAUAGGGGCCCUAGACAUAAAGGGACAGUUGACUCCUUUAGGAUUACAGAUGGCAAAAUUUCCAUUGCAACCUUCUCUUUCCAAAAUCUUACUGAUUGCAGUGCAAAACGGUUGUAGCAGUGAAAUGCUAACAAUUGUAUCCAUGCUCUCGGUUCCACAAGUUUUUUAUAGACCCAAGGAGAGACAAAAAGAGGCAGAUAUUGCUAGAAAUAAAUUCUUUAUUGCCAAAUCAGAUCAUUUAACGUUACUGAAUGUUUUUGUACAAUGGAGGGCAAAUAAAUUCAGUUCACAAUGGUGUAACAAACAUUUUGUUCAAUACAAGUCACUUGUUAAGGCAAGAGAUAUUCGAGAUCAGCUGUUAACAAUCUUGAAAUCUCAAGACAUUCCCGUCACUUCUUCUGGUAAAGAUUGGAAUAUCAUUAAAAAAUGUAUUUGUUCAGGGUUCGCUCAUCAGGCAGCUAAAAUAUCAGGGCUGCGAAAUUAUAUUCACCUAAAAACUGGUGUAAACGUUAAACUACAUCCUACAAGUGCAUUACAUGGGCUGGGUGACUUACCACCCUAUGUUAUAUAUCAUGAAUUAUUAAUGACUAGCAAUGAAUAUAUUUGUUGCGUCACUUCCGUAGAUCCAUUUUGGUUGAUGGAAUAUGGUGUACUUCUCUAUGAUAUUAAACGUAUAACACAUGAUCAAGAAUCGGAUACUACGGGUCUCUUUGGUGAACGCCAUGAGCAUGUUAUUGACGAAGUUGAAGAUGAAAUAGAUAUCAAUAUAAGAGUAUGCAAAGAUAUGAGAAAUGACGUAGUACAGGAGCUUAAAAUAGCAAACGAAUCAAAUAGCAGAGAGAAUGAACAAAGGUUUCGGGAGCAAAAUAUCCAAGAUAGCAGAGAAAACUCAAUAAAACCUUCUAAAAGAAGGAAACCGUUUUUUUAG